AUGGGACACUAUGUGACACUUGCUACGUGUAACUUGAAUCAGUGGGCGCUAGAUUUUGAAGGAAAUCGAGACCGUAUUGUGCAGAGUAUACUUGAGGCCAAAAAACAAGGUGCAAAAUUACGAGUUGGACCAGAAUUGGAAAUCUGCGGCUAUGGAUGUUUAGACCAUUUUAGUGAAAACGACUUGUAUCAGCAUAGCUGGGAAGUUUAUGGUGAAAUAUUGCAAAAUAAAGAAACUCACGGUAUUAUUUUGGACAUUGGAAUUCCAGUAAUCCACAAGUCAAUAAAGUAUAAUUGCAGAAUCAUUUCCUAUGAUGGUAAGAUCUUAUUGAUAAGACCCAAAUUGUACUUGGCUAAUGACGGGAAUUACCGGGAGAUGAGGUAUUUCACUCCAUGGAACAGGCCAAAGUACUUUGAGGAUCACCAGUUGCCUUCACAUAUCAGCAAAAUCACGGGACAAUUGAGAGUAACGUUUGGAGAUUGCAUUAUCGAAACGGCCGAUACCAGAUUAGGAUGUGAAACAUGUGAGGAAUUGUUUACGCCUCAAUCGCCUCAUAUAACCAUGAGCUUGGAUGGUGUUGAGAUUUUUACCAAUUCAAGUGGUUCUCAUCACGAAUUGAGAAAGUUGGAUACUAGAUUAGCUUUGAUUACAGAAGCAACCAAGAGGUGUGGUGGAGUAUAUCUAUAUGCUAAUCAAAGAGGGUGUGAUGGUGACCGUCUUUACUAUGACGGGUGUGCGUGUAUUGUUGUUAAUGGUGAGGUAUUGGCACAAGGAUCGCAAUUUUCUUUGAAAGAAGUCGAGGUGAUCUGUGCAACAGUUGAUUUGGACGAUGUGCGUUCACACAGAAACCAAAAGUCAGCAGGAACUCAAGCUAACAAUCAAUUGGAGAAGUAUAAGGCCAUAUACUGCGAUGUUCAAUUAUCACCAGAUGUGUGCAUGUAUGAUACUUCCAUGACUCCUACAAAGCCAAAAGAGAUUAAAUAUCAUUUACCAGAGGAAGAAAUUGCUUUUGGUCCAGCUUGUUGGUUGUGGGACUAUUUGCGGAGAUCAAAAUGUGGAGGAUAUUUUUUACCCUUGAGUGGUGGGAUAGACUCUUGUGCAACAGCGGUAAUCGUGUACCUGAUGUGUAAACUCGUUGUUGAUUCCGAUGAAGAACAAACUCUAAAAGAUAUACGAGCCUUGACUCACGAUCCUCAAUUCACUCCAAAAACUCCACAAGAUGUGGCAAGCAAGUUAUUCCAUACAUCUUUUAUGGGUACCGAGAACUCGUCUGUUGAAACAAGAACUAGAGCAAAACAUUUGGCUGAAAAAAUUGGCUCGUUUCACGUAGAUCUCAACAUGGAUAAUCUUGUAUCAGCAGUUGUGUCCCUAUUUGAAGUUGCCACAGGAAAGAAGCCAAUUUUCAAAAUCUUUGGCGGCUCACAAACGGAAAACUUGGCGCUACAAAAUAUUCAAGCUCGGUUGCGUAUGGUAUUGAGUUACUUGUUUGCGCAAUUGUUGCCCUGGACCAGAGGAAAGUCGGUCCCAGGGUUGUUGGUUUUGGGAAGCGCCAACGUUGAUGAGUGCUUGCGUGGGUAUCUUACUAAAUACGAUUGUUCUUCAGCUGAUAUUAACCCUAUUGGAAGUAUUUCGAAAACGGAUUUGAAAAGGUUCAUAGCAUGGGCCGAAAAGAACUUUGAGAUGCCAAUUUUACAUGAAUUCCUCACUGCCACACCAACUGCAGAAUUAGAGCCUAUUACUAAGGAUUAUGUCCAAAGUGACGAAAGAGACAUGGGAAUGACAUAUGAUGAACUCUCGAGAUUUGGAAAGUUGAGAAAAAUCGACAAGUGCGGUCCUUUGGCAAUGUUUAUCAAAUUGUAUCAUGAAUGGUCACAGCCACCUCACAAUUUAACAGCAGAACAAGUUGCAGAGAAAGUAAAGAGAUUUUGGUUUUUUUAUGCCAUCAACAGACAUAAGAUGACAACAAUGACACCAGCAUACCACGCCGAACAGUACUCGCCAGAUGAUAACAGAUUUGACUUGCGGCCAAUUUUAAUCAACCCUAGAUUCCCUUUUGCUAGUGCAAAGAUUGACGAGAUGGUUAAAAUAAUUAAUAAAAGACAAAAGGAAAUCGAUGAAAGUAAUUUAAGUGUAGACUAG